AUGAAGUGGUUUUUAAUAUUUUGUUUUUGCUUAUACGAGGUGUCUGCUAAACAUGAAAUAUAUGAUGGAUAUGUCGUUUACGAAGUAUACCCAAAUAAUUUAGAGGAUAUUUCAUCGCUAAACGAGGUUGUUAACGAGCUAACCUUAGAUAUCUGGUCUUAUCCUAAUCUUGUUAAACCUGGACAAAUUUUUGUACCUGGACUUCAAAAAGAGCCUUUUGAAAAUGCUCUAAAGAAGGCUAGAAUACAAUACAAAGCUACAAUCGAAAAUAUCACAGAGCUGUUAGAGCUCGAAGAACAAAGUCUGGCUGCAGCUGCCUCAAGACAAAACCAUACCAGUUCACACCGUGCAGUAAAUGAAAUAUACAGCUUCGAUCAGGUUACUACUUACUUAGCAGACAUUGCCAGGAGAUAUCCUCGUGUGGCCAGACUUGUCAAUGGAGGUAGCAGUUUUCAAGGACGACCAAUACAGUACCUAGAAAUUUCAACAACCGCUUUUCAGAAUCCACUUAAACCUGUCAUCAUGGUGCAAUCUCUACUGCACGCUCGUGAGUGGGUAUCUUUGCCACCAUCCCUUUAUGCCAUUCACAAGUUAGUGGUAGAUGUGACAGAAUCUGAUGUGCUGAAUAAUAUCGAUUGGAUCAUCAUGCCUGUCGCCAACCCUGAUGGAUAUGAAUGGUCUCGUACAAAUGCCCGUUUCUGGCGCAAAAACCGUCGCACAGGUUUGACGAUUGGCAACGUAUGUAUGGGCGUAGAUCUUAACCGAAACUUUGAUGUCAACUGGGGCACACUCUCCAGCAAUAACCCGUGCCAGGAUACCUAUCACGGUAGAGGACCUAACUCUGAACCUGAAACCGAAGCCGUUGUUAAAGUUUUACAGAAAUACCAAAGCCGCAUGGCCAUGUAUAUAGACCUGCACAGUUUUGGGAGUAUGAUUUUAUAUGGGUAUGGUAAUGGAACUAUUCCUCAAAAUGCAGGGCUACUCAAUGUAGCUGCUGAUAGAAUGGCUCAAGCUAUUGACAAUGUUAAAUGGGCCAAUAAACCAAAUUAUCGUGUUGGAAAUUCUGUCGCCGUUUUACAUUAUAUGGAUUCUGGUACAUCGAAUGAUUUUGCCCAGUCUAUUGGCAUUCCACAUUUUUUUUGUUAUGAAUUGCCAGGUUUGUUAGGGGCUACAGGUCUAAAUGGUUUUUUGGUGGACCCAGGUUUUAUUAAUCAGGCUUCUGUUGAAACUUGGGCAGGUAUCGUAACUGGCGCAAGAUAUAUUUUAAGACGUUAA